UCGUUGAACAAAGGAAAAUUCUGAAAGCAGCAAUGGAGAUAGCCGCCGUAACUAGCACUGUCUCCGUCGCGCCGCAGUCGCGUCUAUUGUCGAAUGCGUUCUCCAGGAAGCUAGGAUCUAUAUCCUCUCUUUCGUUCGGUUUCUUCGAGAAAGAAUAUUGCUUUAAGAGCUCUAGGCUUUGCGUGUCUGCUACAGCCUCCAUGGACGCCGUCACUGCCGAGAAAACCUCUCAGGCGUCGAGUUUUCUCAACAAGAAAGAGACCGGAAUUCUUCAUUUUGUGAAGUACCAUGGCCUCGGCAAUGACUUCAUAUUGGUGGACAACAGAGACUCAUCGGAACCUAAGAUUACUCAAGAGCAGGCUUCGAAGCUGUGCGAUCGAAACUUUGGUGUUGGUGCCGAUGGAGUGAUUUUUGCAAUGCCAGGAGUCAAUGGUACUGAUUACGCAAUGCGGAUAUUCAAUUCAGAUGGUAGUGAACCAGAGAUGUGUGGCAAUGGAGUUCGAUGCUUUGCUAGGUUCAUUGCUGAGCUUGAAAAUCUGCAGGGAAAACAUAGUUUUACAAUACAUACCGGUGCUGGCUUGAUUGUUCCAGAAAUUCAAGAUGAUGGACAGGUUAAGGUUGACAUGGGGACACCAAUUCUUAAAGCACAAGAUGUGCCCACGAAGUUGCCUGGGAACAAAGGUGAAGCUGUUGUUCAGGCAGAGCUAGUUGUUGAUGGAGUAAGCUGGAAUGUGACGUGUGUUAGUAUGGGCAAUCCUCACUGUAUCACAUUUGGUAAAAAGGGUGGCCCGAGCCUGAAAGUUGAUGAAUUGAACUUACCAGAGAUUGGUCCAAAGUUCGAGCAUCAUGAAAUGUUCCCGGCUCGAACUAACACUGAAUUUGUUGAGGUCUUAUCACGUUCUCACUUGAAAAUGCGUGUGUGGGAGCGCGGAGCAGGAGCAACUUUGGCCUGCGGAACUGGAGCUUGUGCUCUGGUUGUUGCCGCAGUCCUUGAAGGUCGAGCCAACAGGAAAUGCACUGUGGAUUUACCAGGGGGACCGUUGGAAAUAGAGUGGAAACAGGAAGACAACCAUAUUUACAUGACCGGUCCUGCAGAAGCUGUUUUCUACGGCUCAGCACUGCUCUAAUGGGCCUUCACAGUCGAUGACUUGUCCUCUCACUGUUGUUGUUCUUUUGGGGUCUGUGUUCUAAUCCAAGCGUACUAAGCUGCUACCUGUCCCGCCUAGAUUGUGUUUCAUGGAUUUGUUUAUGCACUUCUAUUGUUUUCAGAGUAAAAUUCCAAACCUUUUGAAUUGUUGCAUUUGUGUUCAUAAUUUAAAUCUUUUUUCA